UUUAUUUUUCAAUUAUUUUAUCAACUAAAGACAGUUUUAGUUAGUUUGUUAGUUUAUGCGAGCCAAUUGUAGCGUUAUAUCUCGAAGUAUAUUAUAGCCCUUUAGUUUUUUAACAGUUGCUAUUAUGAAGUUAUAAUUAUACAUAUUUUGAAUCUCUUUAUGCCAACUUGGGGGAGUGAACUUUAAAUGAAACGGUCAUUUAAAAAAUAACCAAUGCAAUUUGAAACUUUAUGUUGUGUGAGCGAUCAUUAAAACUAGACGGCUGAUUUUCUUAGUCUGAUUUUGUUAUUUCAUUAAAAUUGUUAUUAUUUUAUUGUUUUUUAAAACUGAUUUUGAUGAUUUAUUUUUAAAACUUUAUUAUCUUAACUAUUUUUUUUCUAAAAACUAUCAACAUUUUUUCACUUAAUUAAAACUGGACGUUCGAAUUUUAUAUUUUUAUUCGCUACUUUUUCUGCCCCACUUACGACGAUGAAAUUUUCUGAAGCUAACCCCGAUCUGUACUCUGUGCUUGGGGUGGAGAGGGGAGCGACUGAAGACGAGAUCAGAAAGGCGUACAAGAGACUGGCCUUGAAGUACCACCCGGACAGACAGAAAUCAGAAGAGGCCGCGGAUGACGAAGCGAAUCAGACUACUGUCAAAUUUCACCAGGUGUCGCAGGCUUACGCUAUUCUGUCUGACAGGCAAAAGAAGUCUCUUUAUGACUCAUCGCUUGACCGGGAGAGAGCUCAGAGGCGUUAUUCCACUAACACCUCGUAUUCUGCCGGAAUUCAAGCACAAUUCUUUGCAACUCCAAUCGACCCAAUGGAGAUAUACAGAAGAGUUUUUAGUAGUUAUUACAGACAGAAACCUACAAGAGUUAACUCACAAAACUACCCUCAUCCAGUUUAUCAAUCUCCGAGUCCCAAGGAGCCAAAAUCGAGUUCAACUUCAAAACCAGCAAGGAACAAAAUUAUGCCGAGCAAAGAGUUAAACAUUAUGUUGACACUUGAAGAACUUUACCAUGGAUGUACCAAACUAUUAUCACUUAGUCGAGUAAGGCUGAAAGAAGAGAAACUUACGCUGGAGGAGGAAACGUUCGACUUGGAGGUCGAAGUGUUGCCGGGAUGGAAGGGCGGAACCCAGUUGACCUACGAGGGCUGUGGAGACGAAGACCACAAACAUCUGCCAGGAGAUCUAGUGGUGACUGUGGUCGAACUAAAGCAUGAUCUGUUUCGAAGAGUGGGGAAUGAUUUGGUAUUUGUCAAACUGAUAUCACUCAGAGAGGUCUUCGCUGCGACCGCUUUCGUCAUUCCGACUCUGAGUGGAAGUUCAGUGGAGCUGCACCUUGAAGAAGACGACGAAGUAGUCUCACCGCAAACACAAAAGCGAAUCGCUGGUCGAGGGAUGCCUCUGUCUAAGCGAGAAAACGAGUUCGGAGAUCUGAUUGUGUGUUUUGAAGUUGUGUUCCCGGCCAAAAUGAGCAAAGACAGGAAACAUAAAAUAGCUGGGAUAAUUCUAGAGAAUAAUCUUAACUCCAACCUAGAAACAGAAAUUAUUUCCGAUGCAAAAACGAAACAAGUUUCCGACCAAAAUAUGUCACUGGCUUCCGAACAGCCUACAACUUCGGUUUUGGAUCAAACUGCAGCAAAUGUUGCUGACCAGAACCCGAAUACAGUUUCUGAUACGAAUGCAACAACACCUGGUUUUACUGGUAUUAAUUCAGUAAAUGGUUUGGAUACGAGCUCAGCACAACUCGCAGGCCAAAAUGAUACCGCAGUAAUUUUAGAGUUAGAAAAUCCGGUUAGUUCAAUCCCGAUAACGACCGAUAUUUCAAACCCGUCAACAGUAAUAGCAACAACAAUUUCUUUGGAGCCGGAAAAAAUGUCAAUAAAUUUAGACCAAGAAUCCAGCUCUGAUGCAAGCAACCAAAAGAAGUUAGCAGCUGCUGCAAAUGAGACGCAAUCAUUUGCUGCUGGGGAGAACAAUAUAAAAACUGAUCAUGAAACAAAACCUGAAUUGGUAGUCUGUAAUUCCGAGAAAACCGACUAAUUUUCUGA